AAUAAAAGUUAUUGAACCCGGGAAUGUCGAAUUCUGAAAUUAGCUUUCUUCAACACCCAGGUAAACCCGCUAAGGAAAAAGAUAUAACGAGUGGCAACAAACAGUAUUUUUGACAUGUAUGACAAACCGAAUGCAACGUCACAACUUCUUCUUUUUGCUGAACCACCCAAUCUGAACGAGCUCUGUGUGGUCACAGCGAAAUUGAGCAAGCAGAUCGUGCAACAGUCGUCUGCUGUACAGCCCCAGAUACUCAAAUGCAGAGAAAUCAUCUUCACAGAACCAUCCAUUAUUGCCACUCCUGCAUAUGAUGUCAGCAAUGCAUUCCACAUUGUCAUGGAGCAAUCUCUCUAUAAGACUGGACGGUUACAGUCACGGUUCCAGAAAAUUGGUCUUGAGGUCAGCAAGCCCUACACUGGUGAGCCCUGCCAUGUACCAAGCAUGUCUGAGAUACACACUAGUGGCUAGGAUUGCUCCAAACUGGAACAAGACUGGUGAAUGGUUGAUUCAGGGUCGAGAUUUUUUAACAUCUAAUGGAUAUGUUAAUGCUGUGAAGCUUGAUAUAACAGUGAAUCAAGGGGAAAUGUACUUUUCACUGGAUGCCACGACUGUUAAGUUUCUGCCACUACAGGUUGAAGACCUGGAUAUAUAUGGAAAGUGUUAUAAGGAAUUCAUGGAGAAUCACCAUGCAGAAAUAGAUGAGUGUGCAAUCGGUUCCCCGUGGUCUCAUGUGCUCCCAAGCAUGAAGAAAGGAAAAGUUGUCGGCGUAACUAGAACUUUACCACAAAACGGGCCAUUCAAGUCAUACAAGGACCUCAAAAGACAUUGGAAAAACACUUAUGGUUAUCGUCUGCCAGACUCAGACGAUGGAGUCAUUUACUACCAGGUUCAUUUUCGACCUCUUGGAGGAAGAAUUUUUACAUAUCCUUCAUUUGACACAUUUUUAGUACACGCCAAUAUCUUUCCUAAAAGGAAAUUUUGUAGAAAUGUACAUACCUUAAAAUGA